AUGUUUCACAGCUAUCUAUCACCUUUCACUGACCAACGAGACUCAGGUCCUCUCAUUCUGACGCAUGUUUAUCUACUGACUGGCUGUGCAUUGCCAUUGUGGCUGUUUCCAUUAGACUAUCACAAGUUAUCUCACAAUGGUAUGUCGUGUUUUAUUCAUAUAAAGAAAAAAAGUAUUCUGUUUCUGUUCACACAACUACAAGUGCAUAUAACACUGAUUUUUUAUGCUUAAUAUUAAAUUGUCACCACGUUUAUACAGGGUGUCUCAAAAAAACCGCUACCCUUGGAAAUUCACCAUUGUUCUAAUUUGAAUGCCUGAGUGCUAUCUUGAACUCAUGGGUAAUUUAAGACAAUAAAUACUCUUUGCUCUGUGCUCAGUUGAGCCAUUUGCUUGACAUUCACUAAUAUGUAAUUGAACGAUUUUCGUGCAGUUCUACUUUUGUAUGAACUAUUUUCAAUUCCCAGGAUAAAGAACAAUGGUGAAUUUCUAAGGGUAGCGGUUUUUUGAGACAAAAAAACCCAACUAUUGAAAUACCGUAUUGUUAGAAUUUGAAUGCCUCAGCACUCUGCUGAACCCACAAGUACAUCAAAGCUUGACAUAAGUAAAUUUUAUGCUUAAAGAAACUGUUUAAGAAGCUGCUUUAAAUUCCCAAGAGCAGAAAAUCGUGCAUUUUACAAAGAUAUUUUAUUUUCUUAACAAGUCAAUAUUUAUAAUAUAUGCACCCUGUCAAUAUUUUACGCAUCUUUGCAUUCAGCUUAGUGCUAGGGCAUUCAAAUUCUAACGAUACGUUAUUUCAAUAGUUUUGGUUUUUUUUGGGACACCCUGUAGAAUAAAAUGAGAACUACUAUGGAACAUUUUCCGUGUUGACAUACAGUUAUAUCAACACGAGUGGAAAUUGGGAUAACGAGAAAUUGUGUGGAACACGGCUCUUAGCCAAUCAGCGUUCAGAAUUUACAAAUACUAUAUUAUAAACAGAUAUAUUAAAUAUCACAAGAAUUCGCUUAAUUCUUUCACAAAAAUAUGCCAAAAGAUGCAGUACGUGAGUAUUAAUAUCUAUUCAUAAACAAGUAACAUAUUUUUUGUGUCAAAAUUUCGGUAGAUUUUCUUGACCAUGCAGAGUUGAAAAUUUUCUUGCAAUUUCCCUGAGCUGGUCAGCGGUUUUCAUGAAAAAAAACGAUGACACGCAUAGUCGAAGAUGACGCGCGCGCUGUGACCAGAAACUGCGUGAAUACUCCACGCAAUUUGAGGUGAAAUUCUAAUAUGAAUAGAAUUCACAAUCAUUCUCUGUCUCAGGAUGUGCACUGCUUCUCUAUUCUGGUGUACUGUCAAUCGGUGUUGGAGAUGCUGCCGCUUCUGUUGUUGGCGUAAAGUUUGGAAAACAUCACUGGAAAGGUACAAUAUAUAUACAAUGUAUAUAUAUAUAUAUAUAUAUAUAUAAUAUAUAUAUAUUGUAUAUAUAUAUAUAUAUAUAUAUAUAUAUAUAUAUAUAUAUAUAUAUAUAUAUAUAUAUAUAUAUAUAUAUAUAUAUAUAUAUAUAUAUAUAUAUAUAUAUAUAUAUAUAUAUAUAUAUAUAUAUAUAUAUAUAUAUAUAUAUAGCAUAAUAUAUAUAUAUAGCAUAAUAUAUAUAUAUAGCAUAAUAUAAAAAGCAAAUACUGUAUUAUGCUUCAUGCUUUUAAAUUUGAAAGUCCAGGGCCGUAACGGGGGUGUAACGGCUGGGGGAGGGGAAGGUGUGAUCUAAUUUACCGAAAUUUGUACAAUUUUUCAGUAAUAUUUUCGUAACAAUUAAAAAUUUUUCUACAAUUACGGUAUUACUUUUCAAAAAAUUAUGUAAAAUUUCCCGCUGAAUUACAUCUUUUUUGCCUGACGAGCGCGUGUCGUUAAAAUUGCACGACACAACCGCAAUAUUACAACAUUGGGGGUGUCGCACCUCCCCCCCCCCUCCAACACACACACACACCAGGAGUUACGCCCCUGUCUGAAACUACCAUUAUAAUAGUAGUCUACUAAACGUCGACACGUCGACGUUCUGCUUAUAUGACACCGCGGCUGUCUGUUAUCAUGGCUACACUUGUACCAACCGUUCGAGAUGUUAUCAUAUACACUGACUCAUUUGAAGGUAAACAACAUGGUUUUACAAAUAUUCUUCCAGGCACGACAAAGACUGUCGAGGGAACGCUAGCAUCUUGCCUAUCGCAGUUUUUCGUCGUAUUUCUGUUAAAAACAAAUGGUAUGUAGCCUUGUGUCACCUUGCUCAAUAAUUGUCCUUUUCUUAUAAGUAAUGCGACGUUUUUGUCACCCGGACGUCAGAUUGCUAGUGAUGGGCGAUACCCAGUACUCGGUAUUCGAUACCAGCGAUACCACAAACAGCGCGAUAUCGGUAUCGAUUACUGACGUGUUAUCGCUCGAUACUUGCACCCUUUUUUAAACGACAUGUUUAAUUUCACUUCUUGGUUGAAUAAGACUUAAUGAACAACUAAAAUAAUUGUUAAUAUUCCGAAUGUGGUGCGCCAAGUCAAGUAUAGAAUAUAUUUAUUACGUUUCGGGCUUUUGGUUUACUUAUAGUUUUAUUUAGGUUCACAUACAGUAAAGUAAAAUGUUUUUCCACUGACCGGCAAGUAUCGAAAGCAGCCGAUAGUAGCAAUUUAAGUACUCACUUCCGGUAUCGAAAAUUGAAAUUUUGUGUUUAUUUUGGUAUCGAAAUAGGUAUCGGUAUCGGCCGAUACCGAUCCUAAAUGUAUCGGUAUCGGUAUCGAAUUAAAAAUCCUGGUAUCGCCCAUCACUACAGAUUGCCAAAGGGGGCAGGGGGACCGGAUUAAAAACUGUGUUUGUGUCAGUUUGUGGUAAUCUUCGCAACAUAGGACAAAACAUAAGAUUUUGCUUCCUUACACGAGCGCUGCCACUUUCGGCCCAAAUGUGGUGCAUUUUCCCGCACGUAAUACAAAUUAAUACAAAAUUUGCAAAUUUCGCAGGGCUAUGUUUUCCUCAUUUUACAACAUUUCGCGGCCAAACUUUGCAAUUUUACUAUUUUUAACAUGCUCUUUCUAGCUGUGGUGAUGGAUUUUGUUUUUCUUGCCUAGAUCAAAAUUUAGUUGAUAGCUGGAAUUGCCUAUUGCUUCUCCGUGGUGCAAGCUCGCGGAGAAAACUUCAAGUUAGCGGGUUUCCCGAAAAGCCUGUUGCUAAAUUACUAAAAAUCCAUAAACGUUUCAAGUUGACGGCAGCUUAUUUAUAUGCACAUGUUUCGGUUUCUUGUAUAUAGGAAUGGAUAUGAGUCUUGUACCUGUUGGUCUGACCGUUAUACUAUCGUCAUUACUCGAAGCUUUUACAACUCAAAUAGAUAACUUUGUCUUGCCUUUGUUCACCUAUUCCUUAUUGGCUAUGACGUGUGUGACGUAAGAGGACGCGCAUGCUCUAUGGAAGCUUUGCAUAGACUUCCUCAAAAGGGGGUAUAGCUUCGUGGUGACUUCGUGCGGACUUCGUAAAAUCUCGUGUGGCUUCGUCAAAGCUUUGUAGGAACGUCGAGCAGGCUUCGAGUAUCGAGAUUUCAAGAUUGCAGGAAGUGAAGAACAGUUUAACACGAAAGAUUUAAAUUAAGCCCAAAAAGUUCAUGUUAGGUAAGGAUCAUCCAUAAUUGGUCGCUAACCUGUACAGGGUGUCUAAAAAAAACGCUAUUGAAAUUCAACAGGCCGUCGUGCAUCUCUUACAAGAAGUGAAAUCGCAAAGCUACAUGCAUACUGUAUUACAUGCAGGGGAUCGAAUCCCAGUCGAGAGGUAUAUACGCGCAAAAAUCUCACAUCUUGUAGCAAGUCUGCCAACAAGUCGUCAACAAGUUGUGUUCGCACUGCUUGUGCCAAAGUUGUCAACAAGUUUGGAACAAGCUGUUAACAGUUGUAACAACCUUUAUGAUAUUAUCAGACUUGUUGCAAGGUUGUUCCACCAAGUCCGAUACAGUCACGACAUAACAAUAUUGUUACAACCUUGUGCCAUCAACCUUGUAACAUUCUUGAUAUAUCGUGACUGUAUCAGACUUGUUAGAACAACCUUGUAACAAGUCUGUCUGUAUUCUGUAAUGCUAUCAAGCUUGUUACAAGUUGUUAACAGCUUGUUCCAAACUUGUUACAACAAGUAGGAAUAUAAGCAGUGCAUGUGAGCAGAAUUUGUCGACAGCUUGUGAACUGAUUUGUAGUAACUUGUUUGCAGACCUGUAACAACUUGUGCGUUUUUACGUGUGUAUAUAGAUAGCUACAUUACAAUUAAGGCACGUGUCUUAACCAAUACGUUGUACAUGCAUGUAAAACCAUACAGUGACUUCUUACGUAUAUUGAAAAUUUUGCUAUAGAUUGUAUAAUAUGCAGGAGGAAUAAAGUAUAAAAUGUUUUGCUUUUUCAAAUAAGUCGAAUUUUUUUUAUUUAUUGGUUUACGGAUUUGACUUAAAAAACCCCAGGUCGGUAGGUCGCAAAGAAAUUUUAAAAACACACUGAGUAUAUGUAAAUGCAGGGCUGCAAAUUACUGUCGGACAUCGGACAAUGUCCGACUAAAUUUGGCAAAUGUCCGAGCAAAAGUAAUUUUGAUCGGACAUUAGUCCGAUCACAAAAAAAAAUUGUCACCUACAUUUUUUUGCUGUGACAAAAUCCGAUUGCAAAUUCACUCAAUUUGCAUUUUGCAAUAAAAUUUACGAGGCAUUCUAGCAUUUUACUUAACGUUGAAUGGCUGUACAUACUUGUCUCGUGACUUAUAUAUAUCUUGUGACGUAUAUGCGUACAUGUCCGACCACAAUUAAAAGCGAUCGGACAAAUGUCCUGUCAAGUCAAAUAUUUAUUUGCAGCCCUGAAAUGAGAACCAGAUUUAAUUAAUAAUCUAAAUUUAAUAAAUUAAUUUUCACUUGUCUCAGCUCUUUAGAAUCGAUGUUUUUAUCUUCUAAACAUUUAACUUCCAUGUAAGAUAUCUAUAUGUUAACUUCUACUUGGAAAAACAUAGCUAAUCUCCACAUUCAUUGUCGCAAGACUCACAUUAACGAUAACAUGAGCCAGCAAUACUUAGAAUCAAAGUUUACUUGGCGUGUACUUCUUGUCAGAACCCCAAAUUAACUAAAAUUAAAAAGUCUUGCCUAAUGAAUACUAGUUUUUGACGAGACCAGUUUUACUUAUAUUUGUAAACAAGCAACGUGUCACUGUUUUGUCUCCGACUCUGUGCAAGCAAUAUUAUAGUUUUGCCACCCGUCCAAUCAGACAAUACAACUGAGCAAUAAGUCACUCUAUAUACUAUAGUAAAUGAAUAAAAGAUUGAAUUCUCUCUUGUUUUAAACUUUGAAAUAUAUAUCUCGGAGUUAAAUGCCAUUCAGGGACGCAAUUUUCCCCAAGAAGACCACAAAUCAUGAUUUUGUGGGCAAAAAUAUCGGCGAACAAGCGUCGUACAUGAACGGCAAUGCCAAUGACAAUGUCCAAAUUAAGGUAAGAAUUUGAUUAAUUAUAUCUAAGACAGUAAGACUAAGUUCAAUUUGGCUUUAUUUUUUAUGAGUUGGUGCAUAUAUGCUUUCAUUCAUUCAUACAUAUUAUUGCUUUGGAGCUUGAUAAAGCAAUAUGAAAGCAUAAAUUAUAAUGUUAGUUAAACUAUAAUAAUUUGGUGCAGUGCAUGUAUGCCUUAAUUCAUAUAUUAGGGAGUUUACGAUCUACGACGCGGCCGGCUCGACGACGCGCUUUCAAAACAAAGAAAUUUGGUGUUUCCACAAGCAAUAGUAUUAUGUGUUUUAUCGCCAUGCAAACCUACAAAGAACUUACAAAUAAAUUUGUCAUGCAAGACAAAAACUGUCAAUAAUUUGUGGUCCCAUGAGUAUUGUCAACCGCGUUGUCAUUCUCAACACAACGUUAAAAAAGCAUUUUUACGUCUUUCAGGCAACGCGAAAGCUUAAUGCGACACAAGAGGUGUUACUAAAAGUCGAAAUUACAGCAAACAUUGCAUCGCUUUAGCCGAACGUAGCAUUUUGUAAGGUUGUUUGAAAGAGUCAAAUAUUUAUUACAGUAAUCGAAUUGCUUAGCGCUCAUUCUUGAGCUAAAAUUUAGACCGCGUCGUUGAGCCGGCCGCGUCGCAGAUCGUAAACUCCCUAUUGCUUUUCUAAAGUGCCGUAUAAGUUGACAAUUUUUCACACAGCCGCCAAGAAAAACUUGACGAGUGUGAAAGAAACGGCUAUGGUUUUGGCAAACAAAAGGCGGCCAUGACGUGAGAUAAAUAUUUAACAACAUUCCGUGCGCACGAGUAACAAAACUUGUGAAGGAAAACUUGUUGACCGCACACAUGAGGUAAAUUUGUCAAGGAAAACUUGUUCGUUUAGCUGAGCAAUAUUUUUGACAGCUUUUCUCAUGCAUGCAGUCAUAUCUUCAAAUGCGCCUGUCAAAUGUAUAAUUAUAUAUAGCCAUAUAGGCCAGGCAUUAAAAUACGGAAUUUUUACAAGGACUCACUUUGCCUUCAGAGGCGUAUUUUUGGUAUAAAUGCGCAGACUCACGAGAACGAGUGGCGAAGCCACAAGUUUAGCGUCGAAGACGCGAGCUUUUCAGGGGGUCUCUGAAAUGGCAUUUCCAGAGUUCUGAGAACAGAAUUUGCAAAUUCUUUGGCCAUUUUGCUUGGAUUACAUUAAUAUAUUUUCAGUUCAAUAUAUUUUCAAGUACACACUUUUCAAUUUACAAGGGCACAUUCGCCUUUUACAAGGACACAAAGUGUGUACAAGGACACGCUAUUUUAAUGCCUGAUGUAGGCUACAGUUGGUUAAACGAUGCAGCUACCUGAAAAUAUCGACCGCCAAAUCUCAUCUUUGAGCUGGUUCAAAUUCAUUGAUGAGAGUUUUUGCUACCCGUGGUAAUAUCCAGUCAACUCUCAUGCAAGCCUUGUUCUCGUUUGACUGGAACAUGAGAGUUGAGUAAAACUCUCAUGUAAAUUCUUGCUUGCCAACUGUCGUCAAGUCUCAUUCUUGUUUUACCAGCUGGGCUUCGCUUAAUUUCAUGAAAAUUGAACCGUUUCUUUAAGGAUCUUUAAGUAUUGCCACAGAAUAGCAUGCUUCCUAAUUAGCCGCGUGUAUAUGAGUACUUUUUUCCUGGAACUGAUUGUGCACAUUUUGUGUUUUAUUUUAUAGCUCAGUCCGUUGACAGUACAAGAUUCUCCUCGUCCAAAUCCAUUUCCGAGACCUGUCUGGUAUACCCUUCUUGUCAUUGAGUAAGUUUUAUAUUUUGUCUGUUAAUGGACGUGGUAUUAAUGAGCUGAAAACCUCAAGGGGCCUUUUCAUAUAAGCCGGGCUGGCCCGUUAAACUGGGCUAGCUCGCUUUGCCGGGCCAAGUUGGGUUUUUUUUCGCACGAGGCAGGCUAGCCCGGCAAGCGCUAUAGUAGUAUAGAAAUUCCCGCGCGAUUUUUGACGGGAACGCGAUAUUUGUUUUAAUUUUGAAAAAUGCUAUUUUUAUUUAAGUGACCGGAACUGUUUCAGAAGUUUUAAUAUUGUUGAUUUCUUACUUGUUUUGAAUUCUUAGAUGCUUUGUAGUUUCUAGAUAGAAUAAAGCAUUCGUUGUGACAUGCACAUUUUCCAGUCCGGCAGUUUGCCGGGCUGGCCCACUAAGUUUAUUCAUAUGAGCCUGGGAAGGGGAAAUCUCGCCUCGUUCAAACGGGAGCCUAGCAAACCGGGCCAGUCCGGUUCUCAUGUAAAUCAAAUCUCAAAAAUAUAUAAAAACAAUAUACGAGGCGAGAUCUUGCGAGUCAGCCCGGUUCAUAUGAACAGGCCUUCAAGAAUUCUUCACACACCUGAGCAUUUUCACGGUUGAACAAAUAUGUAAAAGCAUUAAUUGUUUGCCCAUAAUACUAUGCAGAAAAACUUACAUCAAAAUAUACGUAAUUUGCACGUAUAAAGCAAAACAUUUAAGCAAGUGCUGCCAAGGCGUAAAAAAAAUACCUGUGGUUCCGGUUCCCGACCGACCCUAUUUUUCUGCCAACCCUAUUAUUUUUUCAACGCGAUUGACCGUGCGACCCUAUUUUCUCCAGGUGGUUGCGGGCUGCUCAUACAGUGUGCCAAAAUGGCGUCUGUUGUCACAGUAAUUAUUGAACCAAAUUGCCUAAAUUCGUCCAUAGGAAAUACGCAACUCUAGUUAAUAUUGAUGUCGGGACUCUACUGCAAAUCGCCCAGCAAAAAACCGCCAAAACCAUGAAAAAAAUAUUCAAAAAAAAAACUUAUUUCCGACCUACCGACCCUAAUUUUUUCACGAUGUGAAACCGGAACCACAGGUAUUUUUUUUUACGCCCAAUAUAAAAUGACUCCACUUCGAUCAUUUGGAUCAUUUUAACAUAUUUAAAAAAGUGCCUCGCCGAACCAACAUAAAGGGUUUGAAACAAUGCAAAAGUUUGAGUUCCAAAACGCGAUGGAUCAACGAAGUGACAACUUGGGGAAGCCUCACAUAUCGAUUUUGUCCAUGAGAAACGUCAUAUGUUCGUUUCUCUGGAGAUCCCCCCCCCCUCCUUAGAAACGUCACACAUAGUUAUCGAUAUUUUGCUCUUAUAGUACACAUAAGGUAAUUUUCUGCUAUUUUCUACGGUCGGCUAUUGGCGAAGCUUCCGCGAGGAAUAUAUCAUCUUCUGCUGACAUACAUAUCUUUUUUAUUUAAUAUAUGAACUUUAAAAUUUCCAAUGUUUCUCAAAACAACUUUUUUUGCAUGAAAUAUUGAUAAUUUUAGCGCGUUUUUCUUGAAAUUAUAAUAAAGAUAUAUGUAUACGAAUAGAACAGGUAUGAUAUUACGAAUGUAUAGACUGUUGUUUGUAUCGAGUUGUUUUCUUUUUUAUAUUCUGCAAAGAUGAUUCUGAAAUGUUAAGGCUUUCGAAAAAACUAUCGAAUUUUUCCAUGAUGUUUACAGAGAAACGUCACAGCUGCAACCCCCCCCCCCCCAAACGAACAUAUGACGUUUCUCGUGGAAAAAAUCGAUAUGUGAGGCUUCCCUUGCACGAGAUGCCUAUACUCGGUCAGUUCCUGCUCCAGUACUACGAUCAUAUAGUGUUUUAAAAAGCGCAAACUACUUAAAUUGCGGUAACUAUCGGUUCUCUGAGAUGCCAAUCAGAAAACUUAUUGAGAGAUCUAUUCACAAAGAAUUAUUUAAAUAUAUUCAACUGAUUAAAUAAAAGCGAAGCGCUCUGAUUAAUUGCUUAAAUCCAAGAAUGGCUGGUCGCAAAUUCUUCAAAGACAUACUUCAAUCACUAUAGGAAACCGAAAAUCAUUAAAAAUUUGAAAUACAAUUAUUCCUACAGUAUAUAAUGGCAUUUCCUUGCUAUUCUAGGAAAUUUUUAAAGUGCACAUGAUAUGAAAUUGCCUUAAAACAAAUUUAUUGUUCCCAAGUUAUCGAUCGGGCAUAGACUAAGAAAGUCUGAUAUCUCAGAAGUGAUUCAACGAAAUUAAAUGAAAGUGAUUUGGUACAGUUAGUACGUCCUUCUGAGCAAACAUUUUGGAACGUUUAUGUGGUUGUCAUAGCAACACACUAGUUACCAGGUCUCUCUUAUGCCAUUUGUCCAAUGGACGGCCAUUUGCAUUAUAGACUAAAUUUUGAUCUGAACAAGUCUAGACAAAAAUUUCAUCACAGCUUGAAAGAGCAUCACAAAAUUAGUAAUAUUCCAAAGUUUCGUUGCGAAAUGUUGUAAAAUGCGGAUAAUAUAACCUUGCGAAGUUUGCCGUUUUUCAGUCAUUUUGCAUUACGCGCGGGAAAUUGACAGCCCAAUACCCUUUGGGGCUGUCAAUUUCUCGUUUGUAAUAAAAUGCCCGAUAACGUGAAAGGCCAUUCUUCAUCAUUUUCAAGAUACUUUCAAGUGAUGCAUAAAUCGUUGGGAGAAAAUUUCAUGUCAUGUGCACUUUAAGGGCUAAAUUUGAAAGGUCGGCAAUUCUAACCGUAUCUCUUCCUCUUUGAUUGAAGAGUAUUCCUGUAUGGAUCGUAUCCACUAUAUGUUAAACUGAGUAAAGUUGGUAACGAAAUAAAAUACAGCACAGCAUCAGUGGUUUUACUCAUUGAGUUGGGAAAGGUAGGCGACUCAUAAUAACAAAAACAACCUUUAGAGCGUUUGCACAUGAUAUCACAGCUGCCAUGUUGGUGUUCCAAUUCAAAAGAAUUUUAAUUAGACUCCUUUGUCUGGAACACCAACAUCAGUGGCCGCCAUGACUUUUGUUGAGUUGGUCCCUGGGGAAUGAGUGCAAAUGCUCUAUAGACCGAUUCGAAAAAUGGUUGUCAUUCUUUGUUCUUCUCAAAUUAAUACAGUGCAGUACAGUACAAUGCAGUAUACAGUGCAGUACAGUGCAGUACAAUUUAUUUAAUAUCUUUCACUUUAGCUGCUUUUCUCUCUGAUCAAUAUCUAUCCAUUAUGGAAACAAGGUCAGGUGGAAAAACAACCGCUGAUGGUGUGGCUUGCAUUCUCAGUUCCCGCAAUCCUGUAUUGUUUUAACAACAAUGUUGCAAUUUUGGUCCAGCGAUAUUUGGAUCCGGCCAGCUAUGUGGUAGGUUCCCUAAUUUACCGACAAGUUUUUUCUAAGAAAAUGGGGUGUCCCCUAGCUUGGUACGCCCCUAAACAUUGUGCUGUUAAAGUUGAAAUCCUUAUCUAUCUAUCUUUCAGAUAGUAAAUAAUUUGAAGAUUCCAACCACAGCUGUUCUAUACAGACUUAUAAUAAAGAGGUUAGAUUUUAUAUGACAUGCUAACUCCUUGCUGUUCUUGUUCUCCAAAUUUCAGUAUAUGUACGGUAUUUAUUAAUUUUUGUUUCUUAUCGUAUUUUAGACCGCUCACUCGGUUAAAAUGGUUUGCUGUUUGUCUUUUAACAACUGCUGGAGUACUAAACUCGUAAGUUUAUUAUUUAGCCAUAAACCAACCAUAUAUAAAUGCUUCAAAAACUCAUUAAUAAUUCAUGAGGAAAACACAAAGAAAAAUCAUAAGCGUGUCGUAUUUUUAUAUGUGAUAGAGAUUUCCCUUGAUUUACAUAAACUUUAACUUUGAUUUUCUCGACUUACACAACGUAUUUUUUGAAAAUUACUUCGCCAAUGAACUUACUAGAUCGAUCGUUUUUGAAGCAAUUUAAACCAUUCUCUGAGCUCAACAACUUUGUAGCAAUUCGUCAGCAAGCCAUUGGCAAGUUGUCAACAAGUAUAUCAUCUAACCAACUCAUGAGAGUUGAGAAAACUCUCACACGAACUUUCGCUGGCCAGCUCAUUCCAUUGAAGGCGUAUGACAAUUUAUGUAUUAUUUCAUUUUGUACGUCUUGUUUGCUGUGCUAAAAAAACGAAAGUAAAAUUUGUUUUUGCUGAAUAUAGUUUUGGCAAUCUUGUAUCAGAAGAGAAGCUUCAAGACCAUGCAAAUGAAAUUCAUGUUACAUUAACUGGACUUUCUAUAAUGGCUGUGUAUUGUGCAGUAAGCGCCUUUGCUGGCAUAUGGACAGGUAUGAAUGACCUAUCGUUUGACGAAGAUCUGAAAUGGAAAACAGUACGAACACCUUAAAACGAAUGAUAUACUGACAUCUCUCAUCGGUGAACGUACAAUAUAACCCUUGGGUGGCAGAUAUCGACCGAUAAAAUUAACUAUAUUUAUACUGUAUAGCUCCAUCAAUGCUGUCUAAAUUGCUCUCCCUAUAUCUGUCCAGUAUAUAAGAGCCAUACCUAAUUUGUUCAGUACGGUUACUACAGGAGGAAACAGCAGUACCGGCAGAAAACAUGUGGAAUUUGGUACUCAUGCAAACUGGUAGCAUGCACUACACUCAGAAAGGUGGUAGCAUGAUGGCAACGACAAUAUUUCACGAAUAUAAUAUCCCCCCCUAAUAUUUUGCGAAGUGUCCGCCAUCACAAUUGUACCUAGGAUACCACCACUGGGGUGUUCGUUCAUAGUUUCUUUUUAUGACACUUUGUUUAUCUUAAUUGCCAACUUUUUCGCUUUGCAGAAUUGAUUGUGAAGAAACAAUACGAAGUCUCCAUACAUCAGCAAAACUGCAUGCUCUACACAUUUGGGGUUCUGUUUAAUCUUUUGGCAUUCUUCAUCAUAGAGGCUUCGCCAAGUCUAUCCGCUGAGGGUAAGAAUUUUAUUUGUUGGGGCAAAAGCAACUAUAGGUUUCGGCUCAAACUUUCUCUAACUUCCGGCACAAAAUAGAUUACGUCAUUACCUAGGCUCCAGGAAUAGAAAGUUAAGAGGCAAUUUUUUUCAAUGUCACGUAUUUACAAUGAAAAGUGUUCAAAACCUAAAAUCUUUUUGGCGUUUCUCUCAGAAUCACUUUGUUUUUGCUUUAUUCUCUAGUUUAUACAGUUAGCUACCACUAACAACAAUACCACAUACAGUCUAAGAAGCAAUAAUCGAAAGCUUUACCUUGAUAAACCAAAAACAAAUUUCUUAAAACGUAGUUUUUCAUAUCGAGGAGCAAUGUCCUGGAAUAGCCUACCACUUGAAAUCGUCGAUAAAUGCGGCGAUUUAUCAGUUGAUUCAUUUAAAAGAUUUAUCAAUCAGAAGGAUUAAUAAAAUUGUGAAAUUAUUAUUGUAAAUAGUAUUUAUUAGGUAAUUUGAUUAUGUAUUGUAUUUUAGUUGUUGCACGGCUCUUUGAAAACCAGGGAACUGAAAGAUCACCGUGCAUGUAAAUAAGUUUAAAUAAUAGUAAAAUAAUAGUUAAAAAUUGUCAAUUAAAAUACAAUUAUCAAUAAUGCUUUAAAAUUGACGCCAUAUUUAAGCCAUAUAGCAAAACUUACUGAACUUCAGACAUAAUUUUCUCUUUGGCGUAUCAUCUAAAAUCUCUUCAUUUUAGCAUUAUUUUACAGAUAAAGCACUAAACAUACUUUUUAAGUUUGUUUGCCGAUUGAGAAACGUAUCGAAAAAUAAAAAUUUUGAAUUUAGUCAUAACCUCAAGUGGUAUAUUAUACGCAUUAGUUUUGAGCGCGUGUUACGUGACAUACAAAAACAUCUCCUCUUAAACCAAAUAGGAUUAUUUUUUCAUUAACCUGGAAAAUUUUAACUGGAGUGUUUUUCGCGCUGCUUUCCGCGUUUCGUAGAGUGCAGUGUAGCAACUUUACGCUCAAUAGAGCGUCUUGUUUAGGUUUUUUUAUUCGCAACUGUAUACAGACAAUCCCAUUUAAUCUUCAGUGUUUUAAGGUGGCUCCAUACAGUUCCGUAGUAUAAAUACCUUAUUGCGUAAAAAUUUCAAUUUAUAAAUUGUAUUACUCCAUCUAUUAAUUUUAAGCAUUCCCAAGUAUAAAUUAAGUAUUUGGUAGAAUAAAUUUGCAAUAUUCUUGAACAUAAUAUUGUUUCCAUAGUAACAGUAGCCUCGCCAAAUAUGGUAUUUUUUGCUAUUUUAAGCAGGUUUUUAUUCUUUAUUUUCCGAAUAUUGCCGGUGACCCCCAAUUUUUAACUGCUGUAUAGCUUUCACUUAUAAUAAGGAAUCUUAUCCCUGAAAAUAAAAAAAAUUCUGUAGAUUAGAAUAGCCAGAAUAAAAAAUUGCGGAUUUAAAGUUUUCCAAUCUACAGAUUUUUUUAAAAUUUUGAUAUUCUAUUUGUUUUAAAAGAAGUUAUCGUUGUGCAAAAUUUCAUCACAUGUCACCGUGCAAAAUUUUGAAUUACACCGUUUUAUUGUGGUAUCUCACUCGCUCGGCCGAAAGUUUUUCGAGCUCUGCAAGAUCAAUGAAUUGACAUGCGCGUACAUGUUUUCGCAGGCGCAUCUCCAGAAAAACACGCACAAAAAGGUUUUUAGUCUCGUCGAAAUAUCAAAUAUAUGUUGUGUUUUCUUGCUUAGAAAUGCAAAUAUCUUUAGUUUUGCAUGCUAACUCGGGAUAACGCCAAGAAAACAGGUGAUUGUGUCGUUUGGUAUAAGAUAUGUGUGACAUGUAUGAACUUUUUGGCUUCUCUACAUAAUUUUAUAUUCGUUUACAGUCGUUAUAUUCGUUUUCAUGUUGUUGUUGACAAUUUAAAACAGUUUGAGCCGGCGUAUGAUGCUGUUUGACUGAAUUCCUUUGCUGUUAGUGACACUUUGAAUACAUUUACCAGUUGUAAGUACAAAAAACUCUGGAUAUGAACAUAUAAAACGUCAAAUAUUGGAGUAAAAAACGUUUCGCCGGUCGGGCCGAUCGCCGGUUUUCACAAGAGUUUGAAUAAACAUUGCAUUUUUUACCUUAAAAUGUCUUCUAAAAAGACUAGCUAUUCAAUGUUCAGGGCUAAAUCAGGACGAAGUUUGUUCUUUGAGAACAAAUGAGAACAAAAAAGACUCGAAACAUCAAAAUAACCAUGACUUGUGGUUCGAAUUUUAGACUGAAAAAGUUGUAUUUAUUUUUGCAUAUAUUUGUAAUAUUUUCGCGCGAAACUCAAGAUUAGGUACCAGUCCCCCGAUGAUGAAAGUGUAUGGAGCCACCUUAAAUCGUACGCGGAGUCGCUUGUAUCACUUAAUAAAUUUGUUCUCUUGUAGGUGGAGUGUCGAAGCUGAAAUAUUUAUUUCAUGAUUUUAAUAUGUGGGUGAUUUUCAUUGUAUGCUGUGAGGUACUGGUAUAUAUAUAUAUAUAGUGUGUUUAUAAAGCAUUGGGUAAUCGAGGAACCAGGUAGCUUUCAAUUUACAUUAUCUCAAACUCAUUAAUAAUUGAUGAGUAAAUUAGCCAACCAUAUUGCUUUAUUUUGCUCACAUGAUAAUACUGGAUACCUGGUGAAGUAUAUUGAUUCAAAAUUAAUUCAGUCCAUGGACUGGAUCAAAAUUAAUUCACCUCACUUUAAAGGGGCAAUGUCACCGAUUUUUGGGCAAUUCCAACCCUCGCAAAUUUUGCCCAAAACUGAAAAAGAGUGAGUGUAAGCACAAAAUAAAGCAAUAACAGACACAAAAAACAUGUACAGAAGUCUGGAUGGGCAAGAUUACGCCAGGAUUGAGAUGGAUUGUAAAUGGCAUCUUGAUUAAUUGUUGGCAGACACUUUUUCAAGUUUUAGUCAAUUUUUAUAAAAAUGUCAUAUUACAUGUUUCGUGGAAGUUCAAAGUUGUUUAAUAUGACUCAUAUAUCAUAACUUAAUCCAUUUACAAUGUUUAUUUUUAACUUUGUAGUUCAAUUUUUGAAUAAACGGUAUUUUAGGUCAAAAAUCGGUGACAUUGCCCCUUUAAGUAGUGAUUUUUUCGUAUGAGAUGUCAUUUCAAAUCCUCCAAUUCGGACUGGACUAGAUUUCAAGUCCUCGCAUUUUGAUCCAGUCCCCUGCCUCGGCCUUGAUCAAAUUGCGCGGACUUGAAAUCUAGUCCAGUACUCAUAGUCGGAUUUGAAAUAUGACGUCAAAAAAAUUCUGUUUUUUUCCACGUUUUUCUAAAAUCUGACCUCCUCCAUAUUUGAUUCAAAUUUUUCGAUCACACCACUCCAAGCGUCUAUUUUAUUAUCAGUUUUACAAUAACAGUUGAAGAUUCAGACAACAGGACAAGUAAAGUCCUAAAUUAAGUCCUGCCUUGUUUUCCAGUAUGUUUCCUUAUCAAAGGCCCUUAAAUUUUGCUUGUGUACCAAUUGUUUUCCAUUGCGAGUGUCUUUAUUUUGAAAUAAUAUAUCAAAUCUGACUAUGAGGAUCCAGUCCGAGGCGAAGCUAGUUGAUACGGCAUCUCAUACUAUACGAAUAAGUCACUAAUUAAAGUGAGGUGAAUUCAUUUUUGAUUCAAUCCAAGGACUGAAUUAGUUUUGAUCCAGUCCAAGGACUGAAUCAAUAUACUUCAUCUGGUAUUAUCAUGUGAGCAAAAUAUAGUAAUAUGGUUAGCUAAUUUGCUCAUGAAAUAUUCAAUGAGUUUCAGAUAUUCAUUUUUCGUAUAUCCUUUUUGGAGCUAUUCUCUCUAAAGGCCUGAUUCCACGGGCGCUUUUUCUCGGCGAAAUGCGAAAUAUUUCGCAUGUUUCUUUUGAAUUGUGAGCAAUCAAGUAGAAAUAAUUUAUUCGAGUGGUCGCAAUUCAAAAGAAACAGGCGAAAUAAUUCACAUUUCGCCGAGAAAAAGCGCCCGUGGAAUCAGGCCUUAAUAAGCCACUUCCUUUUCAGAGGAAGAAAUUUAACACUUUUAAAAACUUUUUAAGACACCUCCCGUUUCACGACAAAGAAAAUUAAUAUAGAUACUGAUUACAAUCAUUAUUUUCCACAGAAAUUAAUCUUGUACAUAUUAUAUAAUACGUGAGCAGUUCAUUUGGACUAAAGCAAUCAACCGACCCUUUCUAUUAAGCUUCCUAGCUCUUCAAUCCCCUCCCCUCCGGACCUCAGAUAUACCUGAAAUCGAUAUGUCUCCAAUCAAAUGAGUUUGAAAUAAAUAAGCAACCAAGGAGGGAUUAAUUUAAGAUUUACUCUAUGUUUAUUUUUUAUUUUAGACAUGUAGUGGUUUAAUCAUCUCAGCCGUCAUGAAACAUGCCAGCAACAUAACUAGACUGUUUAUUGCGUCAUCAGCUAUGAUAGUUACCACUCUCUUCUCGUACAUCUUAUUUCAAUUUCAACUCAACCUGUUUCUACUUAGUUCCUUGCUUUUAGUUAUUGUAGCUUUAUUUUUGAAUAACCGAAGUUAGUGCUGUCAGGGGCUGCGGAAUCGGUGGGCAUGGGCUAAAGUACCCCAUUUAAAGAAUGAACGUUCCUCUUUUGCUGGUAAGAAAGUGCCUCUUUUGUAGUAGUAAAGACUCUGUAAAGGUCAUUUCCGACGUUAUAGAGACUCCAUAUUUUCAAAAAAUUUCGUUCGGCUCAUUAACGACCGUAAAAUCGUUUGAUUUUGGUUAUGUACAAAAGUGCUCCUUAAUUUUGGCCAAUGCCCCUCCAUUUUCGAAAUGCUUCCGCGGCCUCUGAGUGCUGUUGUAAUUAUUGGAUAUAUGUAGCUAGGCGAGUUUCACUAUAACGGUAUAUGGCUAAAAUAUUCAAGAUUUUCAUGGCCAUCUUGCUCGAUAGAACCAGGGCUUUCAAAAUAAGCCGGCGACUGCCGGAGUUCCGGCAGGUGUUAUAUGAGGUUUACUGCUGGCUACUUUCUUUAAACUAUAUUGUGUAUCCAUCUUAAUGGCAAAGGAAGUGACAAUAGACUAAUAUAAAAGUCAGAUUUGUAAGUUCAGUAACUAUUGUCUAAAAACCAAGAAUCAGCUAAAACUACUAAUGCCAUGAAGGAGAAAUGUUUAUCCGGGAAAUUUCUUGCUCAUUCUAAUCUGCGUUCUUAAAAGGCAUUGGCAAUAAAAAAUUAGUUUAGUUAAUUUUAAAGAGCUUUAUUACAGAUUGUUUAUAUCUUGCUUAGUUUUCAAAAUAUUUCGACUGAAAAAAGUGAGCUGUUCGCCAUCUUGGAUUAUUGAGGAUUUCCCCUGCUGUUGUUAACAUUAUGUAAAAUUCGUAGUUAGCAUUUAGCAACUAGUUGAAAAAUUUUUGAAACUUGUAACUGUUUGUAACUAGUUACAAAAUCCUCUAAUGUAACAUUUACAGCACUGGCAAUUGGACGACUUUGUGGCUCUUGAAAGUGGUCAGAACGCUGUCCUGUAAUGCUUGGAGUAAAUCACCAAUUUUAUUAUUUAUGUAAUAUUGUAAUAUUGUAAUAGGUAUAUUGG